GCCCGCCCUUUGUUUGCAGAAGAGUAUACUUUGUUUUCGGAGUUGGUUUGCACAAGAGUAUCGGACGUCAACAAUGAAGGUGGAAUCUUCAAACAAAAAGAAGAGGAAAGUAGUUACCUCGGGGGAGAAACAAAGGCCUUCCAAGACGCACCGUGUGGAUGAGAAACUGAGAGAAUCUGAAGGAGACAGGAGCUUUGCAGAAGAACCAAAACUAGAGCCUGAAGAAGGUCAUCCAUGGAAAAACUUGCAGCUGAUUCUAUCUCUACAGAACAAAGAAUUCGACAGUCUAAAGAAGUUGGAACUCGCAUUUUGUUAUGUGAAAGAAAAACAGCAAGAAGGAAAAUAUGGUGUGAAAGAAGAUAAUGAAACUGUGAAGACAUCACGGUUAAUUGUGUUUCUUAGUGAUUGGGUCCAGUCACUAUUGGUUUCUACUGAAAGUAAGGUUAAAAUGGAUGCAGAAAGAAGUCAAUCUAGAGUUUUGGAUGCCUGUUCAGACUUUAGAUGUUGGGAUAUUUUCAAGUUUUGCCUGGACGAGUCCUCGAAAUUGCAUGUUUCUUUGAAUUUGUCAAGAAAUCUUUUACGAUCCAUCAGUUAUAUUGCGAGAAAUGUGUCAGCAGUACUGGAAAACAGGCCUUUGUCUUUGGAGGGAUCUUUUUUUAUUGGUGAAGAGUUUAAGGUGUAUAGUUUGGUGCUUGAUUGUAUGUCCAUGUUGUCCUCCCAGGGUGGCUUUUUGGAUGAAAGUCUAGACAUGUGGUUCACUACUGUUGCAGUGCUUGAGCUUGUCCAGAAAAUUUAUGCUAAGAACCUAGAGGGUAGUGAUGCAGGAACUUUUGUCCUUAAGUUCUCAUGCUUGGUUGUGGAGCCAUUUGCCAAGUUUCUGAGGGCCCAUCCAACUCGGAAGAAUGGAUUUCGUGAUUUUGUGGAUAAACUUCUUGAGCCACUUUUAAACUUGUUCAGUAUCAUGGAUCUUCAAAUUCAUGAAAGUACUAAUGAUUUGGCCAGAAAACUUCUGAAGUUGGUUGAAGAAGUUCUCUCUCACGGGCUGUUUCAGCCAGCCCAUAUUGAUGGAUUUUUAGGUCUACGAAGUGUAGAAAAGUAUGUCACCUUCCAAGAUGGGAAAUCAAAAGACAUGAAAACAGUCCUUAAAAGUUAUCAUAGGCAUUUAUUUGAUAAACUGGAAAACAUUAUGUCUAAAAAGAAUGUAUCACCUUUAACUGGCAUAGGGGUACUAUUUCACUUGCUUGUUGGGCAAGUGUCAAAGCAAAAAAGAACUUCAGUUGUAUAUGAAGGUAGCAAGAUGAUGGCAAAAACUGGAGGUCCAAAGCAUAUGGAUGAUGAUUUACCUGGUCAGACAUCUGGAAAGUCAUCUGAGGGUAGCAGUACAGUUCCAAGAAAGGCCUAUGUCCCAGGUAAUCUGAAUGCAGAGACACGGAAAUCACUUUUUGAUUUUUUUGUACAGACCUUGGAACCAUUUUUGCUUGAGAUGAAUGGGUAUGUUCAAGCCAAACCAGAACUAGGGCCUCUGUUAUCAGAUAUCCAUUGCAUCCUUAGAUCUACUACCAGUUUACUUUCCCAUCUUAAGCAAGAAAAUAUAUAUAUGAAGACAGAGGAUAUCUCAGAAGGAGGUUGCCUUAAUUUCUUAAAGAAGGUGUAUGGCACCAUAUUAUCUGUUGCCUCUUGUUUACUCUCUGUAAAAUGUCAGAUGGAUGAUGAGGUGAAGCAGAUGUUUAAUUUAUCAGCCAAGGAACUAUUUCUUGCUAUAGGGUAUCUUUUGGAUAUUGAAUAUGAGGUUGUUGAGAGUGAUUUAGUGAGCUUAUGGCUAAUGAUUCUUUCUUACUUGGCCUUUGGUUGUUCUUCUGCGGAUGAACUUGAUCAAAGCAUGUUACCUGCACAAAUAAUAGGCACAGGAUGCCAACUGAUUUCCAUAUAUAGUGAACUUCGCCAGGUGAAUAAUACUAUUUUUGCACUUUGCAAGGCAGUGAGGCUUAUGGCAUCACAUAAUGAUGAUGAAGAAAUGAAAUAUACCAUAUUCUUGUCCCAAAAAACUUCCUUAACUUGUGAAGGGAUUGGACGACCACUGGGAAUUUUAUUAUCUUCUUGGGAAUUUAAACAGUCAAUUCAUAAUGCCAUUAAAUCCAUACCUGAAGGACAAGCAAGUGGAUGUAUUCGCCACUUGACGAGGGAUAUGUCAGAAUCCAUUGAAUGGAUGAAAGUUUUGUGUUCAGUGACUGGUGGAGAAGAGCUUGACGAUGGCAUGUUGAGAUUUGAACUGCAAGCAGAACUCUUGGGACGGGGUUUAUCCGAAAUUUAUGUACUACUGCUUGAUUCGUUGAGUGUCACUACAGGUAAUAGCAAUCUGCUUGGACUAGCCGUAAACGACCUAAUGAAUGUUGUUCGUCCUUUAAUUAAUAGUCUGGUUGGGCUGCAGCCAGAUUGUCUCAACGAAUUUUUGUUUGCUGUCAUGGGAAGAAAUCUUCAUAAAGAGAUGGCUGAAUGCAAAAGGCAAAAUUACAUGGUGUCUACCAGCUGGGCAAUUGUGUUCUUCUUUCGUUUUUGUAUGUCCUGUGGAAGCUUAUACAGGCAAAUAAUUACCCUCAUGCCACUAGGUACAUCAAAAAAGAUAUCAGCUGUGAUGGGAGAUUCAUUUAUAGCAUGCUCUGGAAAGGAUUGGAUGGAGAAGACUGAUUGGACUGAUGAAGGCUACUUUUCUACCAUUGUCCAACCUUCGGCUUCCCUUUUGGACAUUAUAAAGUGCUUGUCAGACAUCUAUUUUAAGGAUGAUAGUGCAAAUUGCUGUCCACUUAUCUAUGUAUUGCACACUAUGGCUCUUCAGAGGCUUGUUGAUUUGAACAGGCACAUCAAGUCAUAUGAGUAUUUGUUGCAGAAUAAUGAGAAUCUGCUCCAAAGUAAAGCACUUGAUGAUGAUCGAUUGUCGCUCUCCAGACAAAGAAGGCGAAAGUUGAAAAGACGCUUACUAGCUUUGAAGCAAGAGGCUGAAGAUCUUACCAACUUCAUAAUGGGAUACCUGUCACUUGUGGUGGAUGAUCAACUGAUAUCCGCUAAUUUUCAAUCAACAACCCAACAGCUGAACCAUACUAAAUGGGAUUUCAAUGUUUCUGGUAUUAAUGAAAAGUCAUUGCCCACUGCACUUUGGUGGGUUAUUUGCCAGAAUAUCGAUGUUUGGUGUUGUCAUGCCGAUAACAAGAAGUUGAAGAAGUUUCUCUCACUUCUAGUUCAUACUUCUAUUCCUUGUACCUCAAGCAGCUCUAAUCUGGUCGGAGCGUGCGACAUGGAUGAAGCUGGUCAGAUAAAGAAAGUGACUGUGCAUCAGAUCUCAUUAGGACUUUUAAGUGAUUCCAUAUUUUAUGAACAUAAAUUUAUUCGCAGGAAUUUGGCAUCAAGGUUCUGUCAUGUACUUGAAAAAUCAGUCUUACUAUUGUUUAAACAUCUGCCAAAGCCAGAGAUUGAUUUUGCUUCAUCACCUAAUUGGCCAGAGGUGUUGAGUAUCCUUGAGAAAUUAUCAGUGGUUGUUUCAGGCAAAAGACAUACUGCUUAUGAUCCAAGGGAACUUUCAAAUUGUGUUUCAUCCAAUAAAAUGACUUCCAAAAUUUCCAAGGAAGAAGAUGCCUUGCAGCUAGCCAGCAUGAACUUUAAUGCUUGUCAGCAUUUGCUCAAUCUUUUAUGUUGGAUGCCAAAAGAAUUUUUUUUGUCAAAAUCGUUUGAACUUUUUGGGACUUAUAUACUAAAUCUUGAAAGAAUAGCAUCUGCAGUGAAUGAGACAAUUGAGAAAAAUAAUGUUCAAAAGGCAAAAUUGAAAUGGAAGAAUGAGUCUAUGAAUAGAUUCAACUACUGUGUGGAAGUGUUUUCAAAUUUCUUUACUGCUUUUCUGCAGUUAUUUGUUGAUGAUGAUGAGCAGCCUCAAAUUUUCAGCGAUGAUCUGAACUUCCAAAGGUUGGAGUCUAGAAGAGAUUCAUAUGGUGUACCACAUCAGGAAUUUGGAUCUGAAAUGACCUCAGCAUUAUCCAAUCUGGAUUGUAGCUCAAAAAGUUCUAGCAUUCGGAGAAAUAGGUUAGAGCUGGAAGCUGCUCAUAGUCCAGCCAGUGGUAUGACAGAGAUUAAUUUACUUGAGGUUCAAUCUUUGAAGAAACAUUUUCUGCUAGGCUUGCUAAAGGGUGAUCAUCCUGAGGCAGCAUUUUUACUCCGGCAGCUAUUAAUUGCUUCUUCUGCUAUUUUGAGGUUAAAUUUGCGCAUUGAUAACACUCCCCUGUCAUCACACUCGAUGCCUAUUUUUGUUGGUAUUUCACGAGUCUUGUUGGCAGGUUUAGUAGACAUGGUUGAGAUUCCACAACCUUUUUCUUUAUUUUGGUUAGAUGGUGUAGUGAAGUACCUGGAAGAAUUAGGGAGUCAUUUUCCUGUAAUAACUCCUACCACAAGCAGAAAUAUGUACUGCAUGCUUAUAGGGUUACAAUUACGGACAAUAGGAAAAUGCAUAUGUUUACAGGGAAAAGGAGCGACUUUGGCAUCACACGAGACCGAGUCGAGUACUAAGAUGUUCCAUGGUGUUACUGAAUCAUCUGAAUCCUCUCUUUCACAUGGGUCUUACUGUUUGGAUGAAUUUAAAGUGAGGUUGAGGAUGUCCUUCAAAGCAUUCGUAGGGAAAUCAUCAGAGCUGCAUAUGUUUUCUGCGCUACAGACUAUAGAGAGAGCACUGGUGGGAGUACGGGAAGGCUGUGUAGCAACUUAUGGGAUAAACAGUGGAGAUGCAGCUGGUGGAAAGGUUUCCUCAACUGUUGCGGGUGGUGUUGACUGCUUGGAUCUGAUUUUAGAAUAUGCUUCGGGUCGUAAGCGUUUAAAUAUUGUUAAAAGACACAUCCAAAGCUUAGUUGCUGCUCUAUUCAACAUUAUUCUGCACUUGCAGAAUCCAUUAAUCUUCUUUACAAAAUCAGUCAGCAAUAGGGAUGAUAAUAAUCCAGAUCCUGGAUCAGUCAUCCUCAUGUGCGUUGAGGUAUUGAUAAGGGUUUCAGGAAAACAUGCUAUGUUUCAACUGGAUUCCUGGCAUAUUGCACAAUCUCUACACGUACCUGGAGCACUUUUCCAAGAUCUCCCUUGUUUGCAACUUUCUGGAGCUUCAAUAGGUUAUGAAACUCUAUUGGAUCGGCACUUCUCAAUGAACUUAUUUGCUGCAUGUUGUCGAUUAUUAUACACAGUCCUGAAGCAUCACAAGAGUGAAUCAGAGAAGUGCCUUGCCAUACUUGAGGAAUCUGUUUCCGUCCUUCUUCAUUCUUUGGAGCCAGUAGAUAAUGAUUAUGUGGUCAGAAAAUGCUACUUUUUCUGGAAAGUCCAAGAGGGAAUUAAAUGUGCUUGUUUUCUACGAAGGAUUUAUGAAGAGUUAAGGCAGCAGAAAGACAUCUUUGGCCGGCACUGUUUCAAGUUCUUAUCCACUUACAUAUGGGUGUAUUCAGGCUUUGGUCCCCUUAGAAGGGGCAUUAGAAGGGAAGUCGAUGAAGCUCUGAGACCUGGUGUAUAUGCUUUGAUAGAUGCUUGCUCAGCAGAGGAUCUUCAGUAUCUUCAUACUGUAUUUGGCGAGGGUCCUUGCCGAAACACUCUGGCAAGUUUGCAACAUGACUAUAAACUAAAUUUCCAGUAUGAAGGAAAAGUCUAAUUUGCAGUGUGAAGAACUUACUUCCUCACUUCCUCGUGUGAUAUAUUGAGCUGCUGUUUGGACCUUGGAGUGCCUGUCGAGCAUUGAAGCUAACGUUUUGUUGAUUUGUGUACAUAGUGCAAGGAACUUGUCCUGGACAAAUCUUACCUCUACAGUUACAUUGGUACACGAAUUCUUUUGCACAUUUAAUCUGUCUCUUACCAAAAUCACUGGAAGACAUAACAGGUGAAUGUGGACAAGAUAAAAACCUAGAGCGAUCCCCUGCUAUUUUCAUACGUAUGUUUCAAAGUAAUGAAUAAUCAUUUCCCUUGAAGAAUAAGCAAGGGUCAUGGUGAUUGGGGAUUAUAAAGAUCUUCAAGUAUAGUUAUAUCUAUCAAAAGUUUUCUGGCUUUAGAUAGUUGAAGUAUAGUUUAUCUUUGCUUUUUUUGUAGAACCAGAUUUUGAUUCAGAUUUUAAACGUCAAAGUGUAAUUCAUAAAUUAAUUCUAUUACUUUUGUAUAGAUUUUUUUGUCGUAGACAUACUUUUAGAUGCAAAUUCUCAUAUACAAUAAUGUCAGAUGUGAACCACUACCUACCACAAGGAUUAAAGAUCAAGCAACACCAGCGAAAGCAAUGUAAGCAAUCAUGUGACCUCACUAAAUUUAAUAAAGGUUGCCUAAUUUCUUAUGAUCUUUUUCCAUCUUGACACUAAACCACUCCGAUAGUCGGCAGGAUCUGAUUAUGCUUGACAUUAGGCAGUGAACCCGAGGCUAUUUUCCUUUUAAAGCGAAAUGGAAAGGUCUGUGGUAGGCAUGGAGGUUGGCAAGAAUCAGUUUAGCGAUCCUCAUUAGGUCUAAAUCGGAUUAAACUAAAUAUAUACAUAAAAGAAAAUACUUCAAUUUAUGAUUUACAUAAAAUAAUCUGCUCCGAACCAGUUUUGGUAUCAAAUUGAUUUACUUUUCAGUCCGAAGCAAUUAAUAAACAUCUUGAGUCAAUUUUUAGUCAUCACCUCUGCUAUCAAUUGGACCACGCAAGAGCUUUCGAACACUAAUGAUGCUCCAUCAUUUUCAGUGUAAACAUGGCUUUUCCUCCUAUAUUUUCACUCGCUAAACUUUUCA